CACCUAUUCCCUCUCUUGACACGUUUGAAUAUCUGUUUCUCUGUCUCUCCCUAACGCACCCCACUCACUGCUCUUCUGCUCGAUCAAUCAGAUCUGCUUCAUUGUCAGAAUUUGGAAACAAUGAGACGGGACACAGAGAAUGGAGAAAACCAAUUCUUGGGAAGCAUUUCAACCCAACCGAUCCGUAACCUUUUUCCUAGAUCCGCCUCUUACAAGCAGAAGAUGAAGUCCAACUUUUCCAAGUCAAAAUCCGGAAGAGAAAACGCUCCACCACCAGAACCCAAUGUCCAACAGAUCAAUACUGGCCCUGCCUCACCUGUGGUUGCCAAUAAAUCACUGUCAAAAUGGGUAAAUUUCCGGAAAGAGAGCUCUCAAACUGGAGUUCAAGAAGAAGCACCACGAGUUUCUUCUGAUCCGGCAGUUAAGGUUUUGGUUAGGAUCAAACCAGAUAUUGGGCAUGAUAAGCAGGAAACUCUGACUGUUCGGAGGGUUUCUUCUAAUUCAUUAUCAGUGGGAGACCGAUUGUUUAAUUUUGGUUCCGUCGUGGAUCCAAGUUCUUCCCAGGAAGACAUUUUUAAGUUAGUAGGUGUGCAGCUAGUUAAAGAUUCACUGGCAGGUUUCAACACUUCUAUUUUGUCCUACGGUCAGACGGGAAGCGGAAAGACUUACACCAUGUGGGGUCCACCAGGUGCCAUGGUUGAAGGUCAUUCCUGUACUAGUCACCAGGGCAUUGUCCCUAGAGUUUUUCAGAUGCUGUUCUCUGAAAUUCAGACAGAGCAGGAGAAUUCUCAAGAUAAGCAGAUGAAUUACCAAUGUCGUUGUUCUUUUCUUGAGAUAUACAAUGAACAGAUCGGGGAUUUACUUGAUCCAACACAACGGAACCUUGAGAUAGGAGAUGACGCCAAGAAUGGUUUCUAUAUUGAGCAUUUGACUGAGGAGUAUGUGACCAACUAUGAGGAUGUAACACAAAUACUGAUUAAGGGACUUUCGAACAGAAAGGUUGGUGCAACGAGUAUAAAUUCCAAGAGCUCUCGAUCUCAUAUUAUAUUCACUUGCAUCAUCGAAUCUUGGAGUAAGGGUACCUCAUCAAAAUGCUUCGGUAGCUCAAAGACAAGUAGAAUCAGCCUAAUUGAUCUUGCUGGAUCAGAAAGAAAUAAACUUGAUGAUGCAGGUAGACAGUAUGUAAAGGAAGGCAAAAAUGUAAAGAAGUCUCUGUCACAGCUUGGGAACUUGGUGAAUAUUCUUGCAGAAGGUGAUCAGUCAAGAAAAUCUGAAAAUAUCCCAUAUGGAAAUUCCUGUUUAACACACUUACUAAGGGAAUCACUUGGUGGCAAUGCCAAACUCACAGUCAUAUGUACCAUUUCUCCAGAUGACAGAUACAGGGUUGAAACCCUGAGCACAUUAAGGUUUGGACAGCGAGCAAAAGCAAUUCAAAAUAUCCCAGUGAUAAAUGAAAUAACGGAGGAUGAUGUUAAUGAUUUGAGUGAUCAGAUACGUCAAUUGAAGGAAGAACUUAUAAAAACAAAGUCAGACGUAUACUGCUCAGUUGGGACAAAGAAUGGAUAUUUUAAAGGAAGAAAUGCACGUGAUAGCUUGCACCAGCUCAGGUUAAGUCUCAAUCGUUCUUUGGUCUUACUCCCCAUAGAUAAUGAUAUUGAGGAAGAUAUAAAUGUUGAUGAGAAGGAUGUGAGAGAACUUAGAGACCAGCUGGACAAUGUGCAUAGUUCCUGCAGUAACAACUCAAAAGAGCUACCUGACGACAAAGAUGGCAUCCAGUCAUCUUCCUUGGAGGAAAGUUUUGAGCCUGAUGUUUCCACUGAACUUGAUAUGCACAGAUUGCCAGAAGAAAGAAAAAUUGAUGAAACCCAUUUGAGAAAGUCUAAGAUUGAACUACCUUCUCAUGAAAAUGAUGGGAAUAUGGAGAACUUUCUUGCUUGCCCGGACACUGCUAGUACCACUGACUCUGCAAUCAGAAGCAGCCUAUCAAUCAGACCAUGCCAAUGGUCUCCAGUCCUCGAAGGCCCAGCCUUUUCUGAGUCACCAAAAAUUGCAGGCACCUUAAAGAAAAGCAUACCCGCCUCAUCAAAACUUUUAACCGGUCAGAAUCGUGGCCCAGAGAAUUCUACGUUCAACCCAGAGGUCCUAAGACAGUCACUUAAAGUAAGUGAUCAUAAUCACUCCUCUUUGCGGUCAAGCAAAAUAUUCGCAGGCCCCACAGAGUCCUUGGCUGCUAGCCUUCACAGGGGAUUGCAGAUUAUUGACUAUCAUCAGAGAAAUUCAACAUCAAAUAAAUCUUCAGUUGCCUUGUCCUUUGAACAUUUGUCACCGAAGCCAUUUCCAGCAGUAGAAAAAGCUGAUGCUGGUGUCCAAACAUUACCAGAAUUGCAAAAACCAGAAGCACAAAAUAAUUCUUCUUUGCUGUGUACAUCUUGCUGUAAAAGAAUGGGAUUUAGUGGAUCUAGUCAAGUCCAGGAUAGCUUCAACCUGUGUAUUACUGGGCCUCCUGAGAGGUUGACAGUCCAAGUGCCUAAGGAUGCUGAAAAGCUUUUGGAAGAAGCCAAAACAAGAGAGAAGGAUCUUGUAAGUCUUUGUGCAGAACAAACAGCUAAAAUUGAGCAGCUAAAUUACCUGGUUGAGCAAUACAGACAGGAGAGAGAUAACAAUUCCAUUCCACAACAAAGUCAGGAGAUUAAAACUUGUCAGAUUAAAGCUUUGGCAAAUGGAGAUUUACCAAUUGAGGAACUCAGAACUGCGAACUCAUCAUUAGAAGAUAAAAGCAAGCUCCAGGAAGUGUUGGAUCCUGAGUACAGAAAUACAACCUUUGACACAAGUGAGAGGGAAGUGCUUCUGAAGGAAAUUCAAAUUUUGCAGAGCAAGUUGCAGUCUUAUAUGGAUGCAGCUACUUCAAAUGAGUCCAUUGAGAAACAGAUGAGCUAUCAUUCAUUGUCAGGAUCCAUACAUAUGAGAAGAAGUGUAGAUACCCGUGAUAAGAGUGAGGAAGAAAUUGAGAAGGAAAGACUAAGGUGGACAGAGAUGGAAAGUGAGUGGAUUUGCUUUAGUGAUGAAUUGAGAAUCAACCUUGAAUUAAACCGUCAACAUGCAGAGAAGGUGGAGGCAGAGUUGAGACUGGAGAAGAAAUGCACAUUGGAGUUGGAUGAUGCAAUAAACAGGGCCGUCCUUGGCCAUGCUAGGAUUAUUGAACACUAUGUAGAGCUGCAAGAGAAGUAUAAUGACUUAUUUGAUAAACACAGGAAGAUCAUGGAAGGGAUUGCUGAGGUGAAAAAGGCAGCUGCAAAGGCAGGACGCAAGUGUAAUGGAUCCCGUUUUGUCAAAUCCCUUGCUGCAGAGCUAUCAACCUUGAGAGUAGAGAGAGAAAGAGAAAGGGAACACUUGAAGAAAGAGAACAGAAGUCUUAGAAUUCAACUUAAAGACACUGCAGAAGCGGUUCAUGCGGCCGGGGAACUCCUUGUGAGGCUGAAAGAGGCAGAGGAAGCUGCAUCAGUUGCAGAAGAGAACUGCACAAUAGCUCAACAAGAGAUCGAGAAGUUGAAGAAGCAAAUGGAGAAACUGAAGAGAAAGCACAAGAUGGAGAUGGUGACAAUGAAACAGUAUCUUGGAGAGAGCCGGUUGCCAGAAUCUGCCCUACGGCCACUAUACCAUCAGGAUUCUGACAUAACAGACAACAGCUUCACAGCAGCACUUCCAAAUGAUGAUCAAGCAUGGAGAGCUGAAUUUGGAUCAAUAUAUCAAGACCACAGAGAACUACUGUAAAGUUUGGUGGUGUGACUGGAAGGGCGAGCAUAACAAGCACUUCAAUGGGUAGGAAAAGGACUGGAACAUCAUGCAAUGGCAGGGACCCUACUUGGGUCUCCAGGCAUAUAUGACUUGGUUGGUUCAGCCAUCAGUGUGGUGGUAUUUGCAUUUCUUAGAAUUGUUUCAGACUCUGAAUAAGGAUUACAGAUGAUGUAUACUAGCUCUCUCUGAAUGUGUAUGUUCAGUGAUAAGAAGUUUUAGAUUUUAUGAUGAUCAGGUGAAUCCACUGAAUUGUUGGCUUCCACCAUAUGUAUAAUAUUUGUUCAUUCAUGUCA